AUGUCUGGUAUAUUAUUAUUGCAGUCAUGUCCACCAAAAUUAGAAGAAAUACAAAAAAAAAUAUUUUGUAAGGGUGCUUUAGAGUUUAUAAAAAAUUUGCAUAGAGAAUUUGAUUCAAGAAUCGAUCAACUUUAUAAAAACAGAUUACAAUUAGCAGUACACUUAAAACACAAGGAUUCUUUAAAUUUUAAAGUGUCUGCGGAAAGAAGUGACAUAACUUGGAAAGUAGCUCCGUUACCUGUUAGACUUCAAAAUCGCCAUGUAGAUUUAGGUGAUGUAUCUGCUGCUAAUGCAGCUCAUUUUGCUGCUGCCCUUGAAGCAGAUGUUCAAGGCGUUCAAGUAGACUUUGAUGAUGGACACUGUCCCACUUGGAAAAACCAGUUGCUUGCUUACAAUAAUAUUAAUCUAGCUGUAAAUGGAAAACUUCCUAAUGCACCACUCAGUAUCACUACAUGUCCAGUAUUAAUGCUAAGACCAAGAGCAUGGAAUAUGAUAGAUCAUGAUAUAUUAAUUGAUGGUAAAGAAGCAAUAGGGUCAUUAGUUGACUUUGGAAUUCUUAUGUAUCAUAAUGCUAAAAAGUUAUAUGAAGCAAACAGUGGUCCAUACUUUUAUUUGUCAAAAUUAGAAGGAUCUUCUGAAGCACAGCUCUGGAAUGACAUUUUUGUCUGGUCUCAAAAUCAACUUGAUAUACCGCAAGGGAGUAUAAAAGCCUGUGUUUUGAUUGAAAAUAUAAUUUCAACAUUUGAAAUGGAUGAAAUAUUAUUUGCAUUGAAAGACCAUUGUAUGGGCUUAAAUUGUGGUAUUUGGGAUUAUUGUGCUUCUAUUAUUGCUAAAUUUGGUGACCGUAAAGAAUUUCUUAUACCAGAUCGAAAUAAAUAUGUAAAUAUGGACCAAAAGUUUUUAAAUAGUUACUUGAAAUUAGUUAUAAAAACAUGCCAUUUGAGAGGUGCUUUGGCUACUGGUGGAAUGGCAGCAGCUAUGCUUAAGCCUGGGACAGAUGGAACUGAUGAAAAAUCAAAAACCAUAGUGAGCAAAGUCUUGGAAGCAAAAUCCAAAGAAAUAGAAGCUGGUGUUGAUGGUUUCAUGGUGUACGACUCACGCAUUGUUCCAUAUGUAAAUGAGCUCUGGAAGAAAAGCGGUGUAAACCCAAAUCAAAUAUAUCGUAAGUUAGAUAUCGAUGUGAGUCCACAGGACUUGCUAUUGAUUCCUACGGGCGGGGUCACGAUGCAGGGGCUAAAGCAUAAUGUUGCUGUCUCAAUAUUGUUCAUAUACCAUUGGUUGGCCGGUAUAGGACAUUUCUUUUAUAACGGCAAUGUUGAAGACUCAGCCACAGCUGAGAUAUCUAGAUCUCAGAUAUGGCAGUGGGUUCGAUUUGCGCCAGCAUUAGAAGAUGAACCUAAAAAAGUGACAGCAACGCUAAUAGAAACAGUUGCAUCCAACUUUGCAACACAUGCACAUAAAAAUUUGUGUCGCUCAAACGCGGAAAGAAAACGUCUAAACGCAGCCAAGUAUAUGAGUCUCGAGUUAUUCUUAUCAAGAAAUCCGCCUGAAUUUAUUACUACUUAUCUAAAUGAUAACCACAAGUUUAGAACUUUACAUAAUAAAGCCAUUUUGAGUAAUCUU